AUGCCUAUCAGCAAAAAGGAUAGAAGAAACAAGGAGCACAAGAGGGCAGAUGCCGCCGGAACUCGUGCUCCUGUCAAGGCCAACGGUCUCCCUGUCAAGGCCCCCAAGCCUACCUCUAUCUGCCAAAACUGCCGCAAGGAGAUUGUUAACACGAACAAGCUCCAGCUUGAAGUGCAUGCUUCGACACACGAUGCGAAGUUGUGGCCUAAGGAGAAGUGCUGGCCCAACGAUUUCCAGUAG